UGAACCAAAAACCAUAAUUAACAGAAAACAAGGAAACACCUGUCCUUAAUAACAACCUCAGACCACAAACGCACUUUGUUGGGUUAUAAAGGGACCAAAUAUUUGUUUGCUAUGAGUGCCAUUGAACCUACAUUGAGUUUUUCUCAGCACCGGAAAAUGGCACGGAUCUUCCUUACCACUCUUUCUCUGCUGCUCCUGCUCCUUGCUCCUUCCGUGGCUGGUCAAGCAUACACACCGGUAUCUUCUUAUGAAUCUCAGGUUCCAUUUCUGGGCCGCCAUGAAGAUUCCAACACUAAACUAACCGGUGAUUCACCCGAGGAAAGAAAAAAGUUCGAUGAUCGAACACGCUACACAAUACCUCAAAAUGCUUACCACUCUCCCAACAAACUCAUUGAAGGAUACUACGACAAAACUUGCCCCGAUGCAGAAAAAAUGGUCGCCACAGGGUUCCGCCAGAUCGUUAGGCUCAACCCAGGCGCAAUCGGUCACAUCAUUCGCCUUCAGUUCCAUGAUUGCUUCGUCAAUGGAUGCGAUGGAUCGAUUUUGUUAGAUUUUACACCAUCGGGUGACAUGGUUGAGAAAAGUUCAAUGUUCAAUGGUCUGCUCCUGAAAGGGUCAGACAUAAUUGAUGACAUAAAGACAAGGCUGGAGAAGAAGUGUCCUGGAAUCGUGUCAUGUGCCGACGUAUUGGCAUUUACCACGAACGAAGCAAUGACAAUGGCGGGUUUACCUGCUCGGAGGCCCCUUGGUGGACGCAGAGACUCCAUUGUUUCCCUUGCAAGCAUUGUGGAAGCCGACAAUCUUCCUAUGUCAGAUUGGAACAUCGACCAAAUGAUGGAACUGUUUGGCAGGAAAGGGUUCAACAUAGAAGAAAUGGUGGUGAUGAUUGGUGCACAUUCUGUCGGCAUUGCUCAUUGCGACUUCUUCAUGCAGAGGGCCUUAAACUUCAAUGGCACUGGAAUCCCUGACCCUACCCUGGGUGUGGAGGCGAUUGAGGAAAUCAGAAAAGCAUGUCCUGACGCUGGCACGGCCCUGUUUAGGAACCCCCCUGUGAACUUCGAUGCCACACCAACUGUUCUUGAUAACCUCUUCUUCAAGGACAUGGUGGAGAAAAGGAGAAGUUUGCUCAUCACCGAUUCUCAUCUGCUUGAAGAUCCCAGAACUAGACCAAUCGUCGAACAGAUGGCAGGUGACCCUACCUUGUUCCCCAGAAGGUUUGCUGAGGUCAUGAUCAAGCUCACUUCUUUGAAUGUGCUCACAGGGACUGAAGGGGAGGUCAGAAAGAUCUGUAGGUCCACCAAUUAAACUUCCCAUCAAUCAAAUUACUGUAACUAAACCAUCAUCAUCAUUAACUAAAUUUCUUAUUCUUUAAUUCUUUUUUUUUUUUCUUUCCCUUCUGGGGCAUUUUCCUGAUAUCCACAAUCAUGGUGCCUCAUUCCGAGGUUCCAUUCAUUUCGACUUUCUGUCAUGUAUUCAUGGCCAACUAACUGUUAUUGAUUUUUUCUUAUGUAUUUCUGUCAUCUGUUCAUGGCCUAGUAACUGUUAUUUUACUGUUUUGU